AUGGAGACAUUUACAUUGCAUGAUAUGCUCAAAAACUCCACUGAUCUUUAUAAGAUAUUAUGUGACUUUGGAAUCAAGAAUGUCUCGGGGUGCGACGAUGAAAGCCAGACGCGGCCGGAACCGAAAGAUUUGAACCAGACGGUGCGUAUCUUCCUCUACUGCCUCAUCUUCCUGGUCAGCGUGCUGGGUAACAGCCUGAUCAUCGCCGUGCUGGUGAGGAACCGCCACAUGCGCACAGUCACCAACCUGUUCCUGCUCUCACUGGCCGCCAGCGACCUGAUGCUCUGCCUCUUCUGCAUGCCCUUCACCCUCAUCCCCAACCUCAUGAGGGACUUUGUGUUCGGCUCGGGCAUCUGCAAGGUGGCCAUGUACUUCAUGGGUAUCUCGGUGAGUGUCUCUACCUUCAACCUGGUGGCCAUUUCUCUGGAGCGCUACAGUGCAAUCUGCAACCCCUUGACCUCCCGUACCUGGCAAACCAAGUCCCACGCCGCCAAGGUCAUCUCUGCCACCUGGGUGGUGAGCUUCCUGCUCAUGCUGCCCUACCCCAUCUCCAGCACUCUGGUGCCCUUCACCCGGGUCAACAACAGCACGGGCAACAUGUGCCGCCUGGUCUGGCCCAGUGAUGUCAUCCAGCAGUCCUGGUAUGUGUCCCUGCUGCUGCUCCUCUUCCUGGUCCCUGGGAUCGUGAUGAUGACAGCCUAUGGGCUCAUCUCCCUUGAGCUCUACAGGGGCAUUACGUUUGAGAUGACCAACAGGAAGUCCAGCAGAGACAGACAGUGCAGCACGGGCAGCAUCAAACCCGGCGACAACGACGGCUGCUACCUCCAGCCUGCCAAGAAGGGCGAGCUUGCCCACCUCCAGAGCCCUCUGUCGACCCACAGCCCGAACGUGACCAUCAAAAUCAGAGACAGCACGGGCAGCGCCAAGUCCACGCUGAGCCGUGUGUGCAGCAACAGCUCCACCUCUAACCUGAUGGCUAAGAAGCGUGUGAUCCGCAUGCUCCUGGUCAUCGUCUGUCUCUUCUUCCUCUGCUGGACACCCGUGUUUGCCGUUAAUGCCUGGAGGGCCUUCGACCGCCGCUCUGCCGACAAGCUCCUCUCGGGGGCGCCGAUAUCCUUCAUCCAUCUGUUGUCAUACACCUCGGCGUGUGUCAACCCAAUUAUAUACUGCUUCAUGAAUAACCGUUUCCGCCAAGGGAUUCUGUCCACCUUCACCUGCUGUAGCUGCCCCAAGGGCGGUGGGGUCGGGAGGGGGGCUGGGAGUAGGAUGGGGACGGGGGGAGGAAGAGGAGGGAUGAGGAGCAGAGAGAAGAACGGGCACACGCCAUCGAAUGGUAAUAGCACGCGCUUCACAUACAGUAGUAUCCGUGGCUCUGCUCAGGCUUAGCUUCCUUUGCCAUCAUCCACCAAUCAGAAGUAGGUAGUGGUCAUGAAGGCGUGGUGGCCUGUCCAAAGUGUUCCCCCCCCCACCCACUGUACAGUGAUAUUUUGGUCUCUGUUAAGGUCAUGCCUUCUUUCCACUUCAAAGUCCCCGUGCCUGUGAGAGUGGACAUGUACACUGAGUAUUCCAACCAUUAGGAACACCUGCUCUUUCCAUGACAUAGACUGACCAGGUUAAUCCAGGUGGACG